AUGUCUGCUUCGUUGUCAUCAUCUCGUAUCAAAUUAUCGGAAAUGAAUUCUCGUAUGGAACAAGAUGCUGUUGAAGUUGCACGCGAAGCAUUAGGACGGGGUAAAAGCGAACGUGAUGUCGCUGAACAUAUCAAACGUCAUUUUGAUCAGAAAUAUAGUCCAAACAACUGGAGUUGUAUUGUUGGUCGGAAUUUUGGUUCAUAUAUCAGCCAUGCUCAAGACCAUUUUAUCAAUUUAGCUAUUGGACCUACAGAUAUUCUUCUAUUUCGAAAUAGUUAA